AUGUCCACCACCGUCCAUCAUGUGUCCUUUCGUCGUGCGCUGCUACAGAGUGGGUUCCACAUCGGUGCGAAGAUUGGCAAAGGAACGUUCUCCUCGGUGCGGCUCGCAAAGCACAUCAAUCGGCGCGGUAAGAUCACGCUUCUUGCCUGCAAGAUCGUCCGGCUGGAUCGGUGUAGCGUCGAAUUUCGGGAAAAGUUCUUCCCCCGUGAACUAGAAAUACUGACCUCCCUUCGGCAUCCUCACCUGCUGUACGUCCAUCGAGUGUUGCAGCUGGAACAGUGCGUUUUCAUCUUCAUGCAGUACGCGCCCGGUGGUGAUCUGCUGCAGUACAUCAAUGAGCACGGGCCGCUCAAGGAAUUGGCCGCUAAACGGUGGUUCGGGCAGCUACUGCUAGCGAUCCGGUUUCUUCACUCGAAAGGUAUCGCCCACCGGGAUCUGAAGUGUGAUAACAUACUGAUCAACGGUCGGCACGAGCUGCUGGUAGGUGAUUUCGGGUUCGCCAAACGCUGCUGGAACACACACGCCGGACACACGUCGGUGGCAAUGCCGGAUGGUGAGCAGCGGUCACAUCAGAACUGGUCCGAGACGUUCUGCGGAUCGGUAGCGUACGCUGCACCGGAAGUGAUCAUGGCACAGCCGUACGAUCCAAUGGUGGCCGAUAUCUGGUCGCUCGGUGUCGUACUGUUUGUGAUGCUGAACUGUGCCACACCGUUCAGUGAAGAUAAUUUAUCCCGCUUGGUGCGACUGCAGAUGGAUCGUAUGUAUGUCUACAAUGAUCUGCUCGCACAACCGCUUACCACCGAAGCGCGGAUGGCCAUCGAUGAAAUGCUGGAACCGUAUCCGCAACAGAGGAUCUCACUGUCACAGCUGAAGAAGCUGAAUUGGUUGCGCACCAAGUGA